AUGUACCAAAGCAGGCUGGGCUUACGGUUCUAUUUAUUGCCUUCCUCGCCCCCUACCUUCCCAGCUCCGCCAUCUCCGACCCGGGGCGCGCGUUCCCCCCGGCCCGGCUCCCUCUCUCCCUCCGGGGGCACCCGCUCCCUAGCCCCGGCCCGGCCCUCCCCGCGGCGCAGCACGGAGUCUCGGCGUCCCAUGGCGCAACCCACGGCCUCGGCCCAGAAGCUGGUGCGGCCGAUCCGCGCCGUGUGCCGCAUCCUGCAGAUCCCGGAGUCCGACCCCUCCAACCUGCGGCCCUAG